AUGGCUUUGGACGACACCGUGCAGCGCGGUGAUUUGGGCGUGGUCGGGUCUGUGUGGGACUGCGAGGCCGGUGAACGCUACGUUCAUUUCGCAAACUGGGAAGGGACGAUGCCAGAGAGGCAGCUGAACAUGUGUAACUUCCAAAAGGGCACGCUGGUCCACUUGAGCAAAGAAGGGCUGCACUCUGCGGUCGGCGAAGUGGUGCUUUGGGAUGAGGGAAAGUUGGUGGUAGACGUUCUGGGCGAGAAGGUCAAAGUGCCGCCCACCCACCUGAUCCGCUGUGACUUCCAGAAGCACUCCACAGUCCACGUGUUGUCAAAGACGGAGGCCAGUGACAAGGUUUAUCAGAUCGGCGAAGGACUCUAUUCACUUGCUGGAGGGCUCCGUGAUGGCAAGCUGAUCCUGAACACGAACGAUGGUUACGACUUUUUCGAUCCAGAGCAGUUGGCACUGGCGAAGAUCCAGAGGGGUGACUACGUCAUCGCCCCCAAUGGGCAAACAGGCUGGGCCCGGGGCAUCGAUGCCGACCGGCUCCACUUCAGCGUGCAGUUCAAAGGCUUCGCAGAGGCGAGCUUCGCUCCAUCGGAGCUGCGGCGCAGCCCCCUGCAGAAGGACACGUUGGUGACGUGGACGCUUCACUAUGAGGACGUUCCCAAGGGCACCGUGGCAUCAGCAGACUUGUCAAACGUGAGGGUCUACGCGAAGGAGAAUCUGAACCACGGAACAUGGAACUUCCGAGUGUCACAGUUGAGACCUCUGCGCUUUCAACCCGGGGACUAUGUGCAGUGGAAGAAGCAUGAUGAAGAUAUUCCUGAAGGUGACAUUGGUGAAGUGGUGAGACUCAAGGAGAAUGGAAAGAUCUACAUCCAGUGGCCCAAGUGCUUGUGCAGUUUCUGGCCCAGCAGUUUAAAGUUGCUUCCAUUCCAGCGACGGGAUCUGGUCCAUUGGGCCUCUGCGGAUGAUGACAUCCCCACAGGAAGUAUUGGACGAGUGCGGGGCAUCAAAUAUUCCGAUGGGGGCUCGCGACUCUAUGUGAACUUUCCCAAGGGAGCUUGGGCCUUCUCUCCUGGCUGCUUGGAUGCGGAACCGAAUGUUUCUGGCUGGUGCCAUUCAUCCAACAGUGAUUUGACCAGCGCCAAUUGGACCACUGCCGGCAUUCAUCGCCUCAAGGCCUCCUUUGCUCGUUUCGACCAGAACGGCGAUGGGAACAUCACCCCAGCGGAACUUGCUGAGAGACUUGAAAUCUUUUGCUGGCCAUGUCCUGUUGGAGAGUAUUACCUUGACGAGAAUGGCUCUCUUUCGGUGGAGGAGUUUGUGGACUAUGUCUUUCAGGAUGCAGAUCGGGAGAUCACCGAUGGCUUCCGCGAGCACGUUGGGCUUGAAAAGCCUGGAACAA